GCAUGAAAAAAAAAAAUCAGUGAAAGUAUGCACAAUAAGUGCUGAAAAAAUAUGUACACAUAAGACUUCAAACAUGUUUUAAUCUCUUGUCAGCGCAGAUCCAAACCCUAAAUAAUAAAAAACGGGGGAAGGGGCGGGGGUCGGUUGGAGUGUCCUGCUCAGCAUUUAUGGACCCGUCAGCUGGUCAUAGUACCACCAGCACCAGCAGCAGCACCAGCACCAGCAACAACACCAUCAGCAGGGCCACCAGCAGGCAAUGACGACCAGCCAGGAACUGAUUGCUGUCCAGUCUGUCAUUGCUGGGGACUUGCCGGUCAUUGAUGACGUCAUGGCCACCACGUCCAGUCGCGAAAAUGUCGAGUCCCUCGAGUUUGACGACUUCAAGUUGUACGAGGACCCAGAAUUCCCUGCCACGCCCGGAUCGGUGUUCAGAGAAGGCACUAUUCCCAGUAACGUCAAUGUCGAGUGGAAACGACCUUGCGAAAUUGUGGAGCAGCCAUACAUGUAUGGAGACAACUUUGAGCAAAGUGAUAUCAUGCCAGGAAAUUUGGCAGACUGCUGGUUUCUCAGCACUUGUGCAGCUGUUGCUAGGGAGCCUCAGCUGAUCCACAGGAUCGUCCCUCCGAAUCAGCUGCUCUACGGAGAACAGUACUCAGGGAUAGUUUUUGCACGAUUUUGGCGCAUGGGACAAUGGGUCACUGUGUACUUUGACGACCGACUUCCGGUGUCAGCUGACGGCAAACUUUUGUUUGCCCGCAGUUCUGACAAGAACGAGUUCUGGAUUUCGCUCCUGGAAAAGGCUUAUGCCAAGUAA